UGCUUUUUAAUUGUAUAAUUGAAUUCAAUAAAGAAAUAAAUAUGUUAAAGUAUACACAAUUAUGUAAAAAUUAUUUAAAGUCACGAUUAAUACUUUUUUCGAAUCAGAAUAAUGUAUUAAUGCAACAAAGUCGGAAUACAUUUAUUUUAAAAAGAAAAUAUCCAGUGCCUCUUUAUAAAAAAUAUGAAACACGUGCAAAGCUAAAACAUAAACAUUUUAUUUAUGAGCUCGUAGAAGAUACAAAUAUUAAACCACAAAAAAAAAUUGACAUUGUCUUGUUAGAAAAUGUAAAAAAGAUUGGUGAAAAAGGUGAGAAAGUCUCAGUAUCUUCUCAAAAGGCUUAUGAAACUUUAAUACUACCCAAAUUAGCUGUAUAUGCAACACCUGAAAAUCUAGAAAAAUAUUUAAUUGAAGACCAAGAUGAAAAGAAGAAAUUAUCUAUGUAUAGUUCUCAAUUUGUUGAAAGAACAAUGAAUGUAUUGUCUGUGUGCUAUUUAUCAUUAUCAAUGUCCAUGGAUAUUCCAUGGAUUAUAGAAAAAUGGCAUGUGAGAGUAUCAUUUCGAAAAUUAGGAUAUAUUGUACCUGAAGAUGCUAUAAUUCUUCCAGAUAAGACUAUAUCUGGACCAAAUCUAUCUAUUGAAAAUAAAGAAUUUUAUAUUAUUAUUAAAAUCAAUAAUCAUGAAGAAGUUAAAGUUAGAUGUAAAAUACAUCAUUAUACUUCAGAUCCAAAGAAGCAAAUUAAGUAUGAUGUACCAUUUUAUCAAUUAAAAAACAUAGCAAUUUUCCCAGAAGAUCAAUCAAUAUUAAAUUCCCUUCCAAAACAUCGUUUAGCUAAUUUUGAAACUAAUGAUGUAAAUAAAUGAGUAAUAAAUAAUUGUAUUAUUUAUUAUUAUUAUAAAAGUAUCAUAAUCAAUAAAAUUUUAUUUUUUUGAAAAUCCAAAAAAA